AUGACAUCUGGCAGCGGAGCCCUCAGGCAUGUGGUUGCCCGACGGACUCAUAAGGAGAGGCAUCAAUUGGCGUCUCGGCAGAAGCUGGGACUACUAGAAAAGCACAAGGACUAUAGCAAACGAGCUAAGGAUUAUCAUAAGAAGGAAGACCAACUAAAUAAUCUGAGACAGAAAGCGGCCCUUCGCAACAAGGAUGAGUUCUACUACCGCAUGACCAGCUCUAAACAGAAGAAAGGCGAUGUGAUUCAUUCGGGGGCGAAGCUGGACCGGGAUCAGCUGAAGUUGGUGGACACCCAGGAUCUACGUUAUGUCUCUAACAGAAGAGUCAUUGAUGAGAAGAAGAUUGAAAAAAUGAAAAAAAAUCUGCAUUUGUUGGACGACUACUCGGGUCGCCAUACGAUCUUUGUGGAUUCGGAGGAUGAGAGCAGCCAAGCUGCUGCGAAUGGCAAGGGGAAGCAUCAUCCUGUCAUAGACUGCACUACCAAGAACAGAGGUAUCCUAUCCUACCUCGACAUGAGCAACAACCCGCUUGAUUGGCUCCUCAUCAACGAGCCUAGUGUAUAA